UCAUUAAAAUGAUUUUCUAAAAGAUGACAUAGAGAAUAUGGUACACAGAAUAUUGGAAAAUAGGGCAAAUGUGCAUGGCAGAGAUCAUGAUGGAAGAAUCCCUCUACAUCUUGCCAUCAAAGCUUUUUGUUCCAACUACCGAAAGUGCAACACAGAGAGUAUUAUUCAGCAGCUUUUGGAUUUUGGGGCAAAUAUAAAUGCUUUAGACAACAAAGGACAUACCCCAUUAAGUUUGCUUUGUGAGACAAGAGGGAAAGGUUCUUCUGACCGAGCUUCUUUAGGGUGUUUCCUUUUAUCGAAAGGAGCGGAUCCAAACAUCAACUUUGUAUUGAAUAAGUGCUUUCAAAAGAUUGAAUGUUACGGCUUGAAUGCUGAUUGGAAAGUUUUCAUACUGUCUUUGAUACGAAACGGAGCUGAUCCAAAUCAUCAUACAGAUGGCGAACCGACCUUAUUAUUGGCCAUUAAGCCAGGGCAUACAGAUAUUGUAAAAUAUCUUAUAGAAAAAGGAGCAAAUAUUCACUCGUGUGAUCGAAAGGAAAAUACAUGCUUGCAUUUAGCUUGCGAUUUGAAGGCAGAGUCUGCAAGAAAUGAAAUAGCUUCGCUUUUUCUUGAACACGGAUGCAGUGUCAACAAGCCAAAUAGAUAUGGAGAAACACCAUUAACAAAUGUGAUAAAAAGAAUGACAGAAGAUACGAACUCCAUGGAAAUCGACCAUUCAGAAAAGGCGACCGUUGCAAAAGUUGACCUUUCAUUGUUCAAUAGGUUGAUUUGCAGUGGAGCUAAAAUAGAUCCUGCUGUAAAAACAAGGCAGUAUUAUAGCUCGAUAUCUACAUUGUCCGAUUUGCUGAGAAAUGGGUUUUUCGGGGCUGCAGCUACCUUGCUUAAAUGUGGAUAUAACUGCAAAAAUGAUAAAGACUUAAAAAACGUGGACUUUUCAAAUCUAGGAAAUUCAACAAUUUUCGUUAAAGGCAAAGAAUACAACAGAAUUAGCUACGAGCAAGAGAAAAAUGGUUUUUUGAAUGUUUUGAAGAUACAUGAAGAAAAAGAGGAGGUAUCACUUUCAUCUUUAUGCAGAAAUGCAAUACGGAUCAACUUAAUUAAUGCCGGACAAGGAGCCGAGAUAGAAUCCAAAAUCAUGCAGCUGCCCGUUCCCGGAAGAAUCAAAACGUAUUUGACUUUAACAGAUGCGUAUUAG